AUGGCCCAGAACACCAAAAUCAUCGUCAUCACCGGUGCAACGGGAACUCAAGGCUCCUCAGUCGCCCGAACCUUUCUCGCUCUCCCCAACUGGCACGUUCGCUGCAUUACGCGCAAUCCUUCUGGCGCUGCAGCCCAAGCCCUCGCUUCUGCCGGUGCGGAAAUUGUCCAAGCGGACCUUUCUGAUCUCCCGUCUCUGCGUCGCGGUUUCACCAAUGCUCACGCUAUCUUCCUGAACACGGAUUUCUGGGCGCCGUAUGUUGCCUCGAAAGAUAGCACUCAAGCCUAUCAGGUUGAGCUUCUGCAUGGACGCAACGCUGCCCUCGCUGCAGCGGACAUCCCUUCCCUUGAACGAUUUGUUUAUUCCACCCUCGCGCCGAUCAAGAAACACUCCAGAGGAAAGUAUUCGCAUUCCUACCACUGGGAUGCCAAAGCAGAUGUUGCGCAGAACAUCUUGACUGAGACUCCGCAAUUAGCCAAGAAGACAUCGUUCGUUGUCAUCGGGGCGUAUGCCAUAAACCCUCUGUUUAUGCCGAAAAUCACCCCCACGGGAGGCUACUUAUUCGCAAUCCCAGGCCGGAGGGCCUUGAAGAUUCCAGUCAUCGAUACCCAAGGCUCUACAGGUCAUUUUGUACGCGCAUUGAUCGAGGACGAACCUGCUGGGACCCGACUGCUGGCAUAUGAUAGUUAUAUUUCCAUGGAGGAAAUUGUGGAAGUAUGGAAGAAGGUGACUGGGCACAAUAUUGAGGUGGUUGAGAUGAAUGCGGAGACGAUGCGUCGGGAAUUUGGUAUUCCUUUGGAGGUGUUGGAUGCGCCGUGGUUUAUCGAUGAAUUUGGGUAUACCGGAGGUAUUGAGGGAGUUAUUGACCAUGAGGGACUAAAGGUGAAGGUCCAGACUAAAUCGUUUGAGGAAUGGCUGGAGAAACAAGAUUGGAGGGAAAUGUUGGCGGGAGGAAAGGAGCAGCUGGCGAGUGUUUCAGACUGA